ACGAUAACACUUGCAUAAUAUUAGCUUGGAUCUGUUUAUUCAAUUUUUGAGACAUAAUACGUCGUGUAAAAAGUAACAGAAUAUAUUGCUUAUACUCUUUGAAAAACAUUGUGUUAAGAUCACUUAUGUGACAAACAUGAAUUAGUAAUGUAUAGUCACUUCAUUGAUCACAAAAAGAACAUACAUAUGUACGAGUAUUGUUAUCAAUGUAUGGAGUAUAUAACGCAGGAAAAACAGCGUUAUCUUCAGUUCUCCUUCUGAACUUUUGUCUUCAUCUUUUUCCUCGAAGAAAAUCCAACCAAAUUUAAUGAAAUUUUAGAACGUGAAAAUGUCUCAAUCUAUAACUGAAAUAAUGCUGGCAUUGAGUAAGGAAGAACGUCGGGAGAUGAUAGCAGUGUGGCCAGACAUUGUUCGUGAUAUCGUGGAAAUGGUUAAGAAUUUAAACAUUCCAGAUCUUGCUAAAUGGGUAGAAAAGGUAUUACAAUAUAACGUUUCAAGCGGAAAGCAAAUUCGUGGCUUCGCAUUAAUUUAUGCCUAUAAAAUGCUGGCACCUAAGAAUCAACUUACAGAAGAUAACAUUCGUCUAGCGCGGAUCUUAGCAUGGUGUGUAGAAAUGCUUCUAAGCUUUUUACAAAUAAUGGAUGAUCUAAUGGACCAAUCGUUAUUUCGCCGAGGUAAACCAUGUUGGUAUCGACAUAAUGAUAUUGGUGAAGCGGCGAUUACGGAUGGUGUUCUAUUAGAGAGUACAAUAUAUUAUAUAAUUAAGAAAUACUUCAGCGGGAGAGAAUGCUAUGUCGAUUUACUGGAAAUAUUCCAGGAUAUAACAUUUAAGACAUCAAUAGGUGAAUCUUUAGAUUUAUAUUCGUCUAACUUCGGCAAAGAGCCCAAUUUAGAUCUAUUUACGAUGGAUCGAUACAAUGUUAUUGCCGAGGGCAAAACGGCUUAUUGUACGUACGUUUUGCCUGUAACUGUAGCAAUGCGUUUUGCUGGAAUAAAAGAUCCAGAAAUGUUCAAGCAAGCAACAUCCAUCUUGUUAGAGAUAGGACGCUUUUUCCAAAUCCAAGAUGAUUAUGUUAGUUGCUUUGGGGAUUCCGCAACCCGUGGUAAAGAUGAUACUGAUAUCCCGGAAGGGAAAUGCACAUGGUUUGUUGUUAAAGCUCUUCAGCUUGCAACUCCGGAACAACGCAAAAUAUUAGAAGAGUGUUACGGAGUUUCGGAUCCGGAAAAAAUAAAACGUGUAAAACAGCUCUUCACUGACUUAAACCUGUUGGACCUUUAUACUAAAUUUGAAGAAGAAAUGCAUAAUGAAAUAAAUAUACACAUACAGCAAACUUCAUGUGGACUUCCGCACAAUCUUUUCUCGAAUUUAUUAGGACAGCUUUAUCGCAGGUCAUCAUGAAAGCAUCGUCUAUGUUGAAGAAACAAACUAAAGUAUCAAUGUACCUUACCGUUAUGAAUUUAAAAGUUUGAAUAAAAUGAAGUAAAAUACCUCUAA